AUGCCAUCCGCCGUCCUAUUGGAGUGCAAUGGCAUUGCAGAUGCUCUUGUGAAGGCCAUCCGUAAUCCUGUAAGGCUGCAGUGGGACAUUGAUAGAUAUUGCGACAGCCUUUCAAUUCAGCCCACGGGGCAGAAUAAAGUCCUCGAGGCAGAACUGGAACGGAAGUGGCCUCCUCCAUUUGGUGAGAGCGAAAUACGCAUAGACCAGCCCGCCACCCUCGUGGACAUGCACAGACGCAUCUUGGCUUGGAUACUUCCAAGAGUGUUGAUACCAGACCGUCAGACGAAGAUGCUCCAAGCGACCAGGGCCCUACACCCAGCAAUAGCAGCCAGUAAGCCUUCCAGCACCACCGCCAGUUGGCGACACAACCCGUUGUACUUCUUGCCUCCUGAGGAGUGUGCCUAA